AUGGAGGCUUCAAGCUCGAACAAGGGGUUCUUCCAGGACCAGCCUAUCCUGAAGAACCAGCUAUAUGACGACGUUAGCAUCCAGCGAAUCGUCAAAUUGUUCCUCCCACCCUCCGUCUUCAAGACCGUCGAACCAGAUCUCUCGAAACUGGGUGACGAUGUCCUGUCAGACAACAUUUUCAACUACGUAACCGAUGCCGAAAAGAACUUGCCCUAUCUACGCGGGAACGGCCGGGAUGCAUUUGGCAAGCCGAAGAGCGAGCUUGUCGUCACUGAAGGCUGGAGGAAACUCCAAGACUUUGGUAUCGAAAAGGGUGUUAUUGCUUUUAACUACGACAGCGACUAUGCACAAUACACAAGGACCAUUCAGUGCCUCAGGCUGCACAUCUGGGAAGCCUCCUGCGCAAACACCCUCUGUCCAGCAGCGAUGCAGGACGGCGCCGCGCGCCUCCUCCAGCUUCACCUCGCCAAGAACGACCUUGAACCGACCCAGAGGCGGGUCAUGCAGGACGCCUUCGACCGGCUAACCUCGCGGGACCCCAGCCGGGCCUGGACAAGCGGCCAGUGGAUGACAGAGCGCUCGGGCGGCAGCGACGUCUCGCAGACCGAGACGGUGGCCACGUACGCACCGUUCCCCGACGGCCAGGCGGCGCCGCUCGCGGACGUCGAGGGCGGGAUCCCGCUCGGCCCGUGGUCCAUCGACGGCUUCAAGUGGUUCUCCAGCGCGACCGACUCGUCCAUGACGAUCCUACUCGCCAAGACGCGGCCGGGCAAGGGCCUCAGCGCCUUCUUCGCGCCCACGCGGCGGCACAACCCGUCGCUCGUCUCCGCCACGGGGAGGAGGGGCGGGACGGAGCUCAACGGCAUCAACAUCCAGCGGCUGAAAAGCAAGCUCGGCACGCAGUCGCUACCGACGGCCGAGUUGGAGCUACAGGGGAUGCGAGGCUGGAUGAUCGGCGAGGAGGGCAGGGGGAUCCACGAGAUCAGCACGAUGCUCACCAUCACGCGAGUGCACUCGGCCAUCUCGUCGCUGGGAUACCUCGGCCGGGGGCUCGCCAUCGCCAAAUCCUACGCCCUCGUCCGCGAGGUCGGCGCCGGCAAGGGUCGGCGCAUCCCGCUGUGGAAGAACGCGCUCCACAUGCGCACCCUCGCCACCAUCACGGGGGAGUACCACGCCCUGAUGCUCCUAACCUUCUACACGAUCCACAUCAUGGGCCUCGACGAAACCGACCCCCACACACCCAGCAGCAGCGCCUUCUCGACUUCCCAUCCCCCGCCGCCCGAGCACGUCGCCCCGCUCCUCCGGGUCCUCCCCUCGCUCCUCAAGGCGUACGCGUGCUCGCGCGCCGUCCCGCUCCUGCACUCCUGCAUGGCCGCGCUCGGCGGGGUCGGGUACCUCGUCAACGCCGAGACGGAGCACGCCAACGUGGCGCGCAUCUUCCGCGACGCCUGCGUCCUGCCCAUCUGGGAGGGCACCACCGACGUCCUGGCCUCGGACUCGCUGCGCGCCCUGCGCCACCCGCGCGACGGCCGCCGGAGCCUCGACGCCCUGGCCUGGCUCGUCGUCGAGCGCGGGGGUGGGGGCGCGCCGGAGGCGGUGCGGCGCGAGUGGCGGCGCGUCAGGGCCCAGAUUGAAGGGGGGGGUGGGCAGGCGCUGCUGGCGGAGGCGGGGGAUAUUGCGUUUCGCAUUGCUGAGAUUCUGAUGGCUGCACUGCUGGUGGUCGAUGCGCAGUCGGACGAUGGUCCUGAGGUGCGGACUAUGACGCGGCGGUAUCUGCGCAAGAGAGGUCUGGCUGGUCCUGAUUCGGAUGAGAAGGCCGUGGAGGGAUUGGAUGUUGACCAGGCUAUUGUGUAUGGCCGGGGGGCUGUUGAGCUGCAGGGAGGAGGCUCAAAGCUGUGA